AUGUAUGAUGUUGAUCGUGUAGAAAGACAUGGUAAGUUCUUGACCGGGUUAGAAGGUCAUGAUGAUGAUUCUGAUGGCGAUUCAGACGAUGAUUCUGUUUUUUCUCAUCUUGCAAACGGUUAUGCAAAUUACGUAGAAAUUGGAGUAUCUUCGAUCGAUCUCAGCGAUGUCGAAGAUACAAAAAGCAACAAAGAAGAUGAUGAUGAGAGGAUGAGAGAGGUUACUGAUUCGGCGAUACGGAGAGCAUUCAGAAAAGAUGAGAGUUGUCAGAAUGCUCCGUUGACUGUCGAGACGGUGACGAGAGUGGAGGGUUGGGGUCCAAAAAUUCUAUAUUGGACCAAAGCUCCAAACUCUGAAGAAUGA